AUGGAAGCUCCUACUGGGUCAAAGCAGAAGGACAAGCGCAGGACAGCAGUAGUGCUGACCUCCUGCGACUUUAACCAGGACAGUGACCCAUUCUGCAGGUUCCGACAAGACACCGCAGACAACGGGGAAUGGACCCGACAUAAAGGUCCAACCCCAACCACUGGCACUGGCCCUUCUGGAGACUACCCUGAUGGAAAGGGCUUCUAUAUUUACCAGGAGUGUGACAAUGUGUCCAAUGGACAGAAAGUUCGUCUGCUCAGCCCUGCCCUCUCAUCACCCGCCUCUCAGAUCUGUGUUCAGUUUCGAUACUACAUGUAUGGCACAGACAGUAAGAAUGAGCUGAGGGUUCUGGCUGCAAGGCCCAGCAGUGAGGAAAUGGUCUGGAGGAAGACAGGCAUCCAGAGUCCAUCCUGGCUGAAGGGCUCUGUCACCGUGUCCAAACCCAGCAGUCAGACUGUCACUAUUGUGUUCGAGGCUCAGAGAGGUUUGAGUGCUUCCUGUGACACAUCUCUGGACAACAUUGUCAUCACUGAAGGAGCAUGUCCCUCCUGUGUGUCUGGCUGUGAUUUUGACACUAUUGGUGACCUGUGUGGGUGGACGAGUCAUAUUGAGGAUCCUGAUAUGUUUGGCUUUGAACAGUGGAACGGGCCAACGGACACUGAAGGCACUGGCCCUGAUGAUGACUUCUCCAAACCUGGAUUGGGCGCCUACAUGCUGAUGGAUUCUUUCGAGGCUGUCCCCGGAGUCAAGUCUCAGAUCAGAAGUCCUGUAAUGACCCAGUCGUCUGGAUGUCUGGACCUCACCUUCCACUACUACCUUUAUGGCACCAGCAAAAACAUGGAGCUCAGUGUCCACACCAUCACCACAGGUGGAAGCCUCGGACCUGUUCUCUUUACUGUCAAGGGGAAUCAGGGUCAGGGCUGGAAGCCUGCAGAGGUCCGGUACUUGGGAAAUGCUGCCAUUCAGUUUGUGAUUGUGGGUACCUAUGGAGAAACGUCUCAGACAGAUAUCGCUGUUGAUGCUGUGUGUGUCAUGGCCUGCAAAGCUCAGCCAACAACUCCUCUACCACCGGUAACAACUCCAAGACCAACAACGCCAAAACCAACAACUCCUGGGCCAACCACACCUAAACCAUCAACUCCAGGCCCAUCUACACUAAAACCAACAACUCCUGGGCCAACCACACCUAAACCAUCAACUCCAGGCCCAUCUACACCAAAACCAACAACUCCUAAACCAUCUACACCGAAACCAACAAUUCCCGGGCCAACCACACCUAAACCAUCAACUCCAGGCCCGACUACACCCAAACCAACGACUCCCAAACCGACGACGCCAAAACCAACAACUCCAGGGCCCACCACACCUAAACCAACAACUCCAAGCGCGACUACGCCAAAACCAACAACUCCUGGUCCAUCCACACCUAAACCAUCAACUCCAGGCCCCAGUACACCCAAACCAACGACUCCCAAACCGACGACACCAAAACCAACAACUCCUGGUCCAUCCACACCUAAACCAUCAACUCCAGGCCCAACUACGCCCAAACCAACAACUCCCAAGCCAACCACACUUAAACCAACAACACCAGGCCCCAGUACACCCAAACCAACUACACCUAAACCAACAAGUCCUGGACCAUCUACAGCAAAGCCAUCAACUCCUAAACCAACUACGCCCAAACCAGCAACUCCUGGUCCAUCCACACCUAAACCAUCAACUCCAGGCCCAACUACACCCAAACCAACAACUCCCAAGCCAACCACACCGAAACCAACAACACCAGGCCCCAGUACACCCAAACCAACUCUACCUAAACCAACAACUCCUGGACCAACUACACCAAAGCCAUCAACUCCUAAACCAACUACAGCUAAACCAACAACUCCUGAACCAACAACAACCAAGCCACCAAACCCAUGUCCUCCUGAUGCAGAGUAUAUAGACUGUGGUCCAGCUUGUAUACCCACUUGUAUGGAACCCUCCACCAACUGUACUGGCUCCUGUAUCACUGGCUGCUUCUGCAAACCAGGAUAUGUCUUCAAGGGAAGGCGAUGUGUGCCACUGGAGAAAUGUGGCUGUCUGGAUGAGCAUAAUAACUAUUAUGAGCCUGGCGAAAUUAUAUUUGGAGAUGGCUGCUCAAAGCUGUGUCGCUGUGCAGGGAACUACACUCUGGAAUGUGUUGAUAACUCCUGUGACCCCACUGAAGAGUGUCGCGAGGUCAAUGGUGUUGCAGGCUGCUAUCCUAAAGGUACAUCAACAUGCAUAGCAUCUGGUGAUCCCCACUACACCACCUUUGACAAACGCAAGUACAACUUCAUGGGCAACUGCAGCUAUUUGAUGUCUGGACCCUGCAAUAAAACAUCUCUGCCACACUUUGAGGUUCAUGCUGACAAUGAAAACCGCUUUAACAAGCCUACCAUCUCCUAUGUGAAGGCCGUACAUGUAUAUGUACACUCGCUGAAGAUCUCCAUCCUCAAAGGUGGUACGGUACAGGUGAAUGGGACCAAUGUAAACCUGCCAGUGAGUCCAGCCCCUGGUGUCUCUGUAUUCAAGUCAGGAAAGCACUACACAGUAUCCAUGAACUUUGGUGUGACAGUUCGUUAUGAUGGAAACCACUUCAUGGACAUCAAAGUGAUCAAAGAUUAUAAGGACAAGCUGUGUGGACUGUGUGGAGAUUACGAUGGAGAUGCCAAAGAUGACUUCCGUAAACCAGAUGGAUCAUUGACCAAUAAUGCCAAUGACUUUGGACACAGCUGGAACACUGAUCCAGAGUGUAAUAAGAAACCCAACACCACCAUCCCUGGGUGUGAAGAAGACCAGGAACUGUAUGAAAGCUCUGGAUACUGCGGCCUCCUGCUAGACAAAAAGGGCCCCUUCGCUGUGUGUCACCCCAAAGUCAACCCAAAUAAUUACUUCAGGGACUGUGUCUUUGACCUGUGUGAGCUGGACGGAGCCAAGCCCAUUCUGUGUGAAGCCAUAGAAGCCUACGUCAAUGAAUGCCAGGACCGCGGGGUAAACAUUGGACCCUGGAGGAAUGAAACUUUCUGCCCCCUGAGCUGCGGCCCCAACAGUCACUAUGAGCCCUGUGCAGACCCCUGUCAGGAGACAUGUUCUGGAAAACCUCCUUCCUGCGGUGGGCCCUGCUCUGAGGCAUGUGUGUGUAAUCCUGGCUAUGUCUUGAGUGCUGGCAAGUGUGUUAAGAAGAAUUCAUGUGGUUGCAAACACACCAACGGCCAGUAUUAUGAGCCUGGAGACGAGUUUUAUGUGGAGGACUGUAAGCUGAAGUGUAGGUGUGAUGCUCCCUUUGUUACCUGUGUGGCCGCUGAAUGCCCCCCACUGCAUGAGUGCAAACUCCAGGAGGGAGAGCUGGGCUGCUAUCCCACCGGCUCUCAGGACUGUGUGGUGUCUGGAGAUCCUCAUUACAACACGUUUGACAAGAAGUUCUACAGCUUCAUGGGAACAUGCACCUACACACUAGCCAGAACCUGCAAGAACCACACAGGGCCUUGGUUCUCCGUGGAGGGGAAGAAUGAGGAGAGAGGAGUACCAGGUGUGUCCUACCUGAGAAAACUCUAUGUGACUGUGAAUGGAAUCACUGUGACCCUGAUGAAGGCCAGGAGGACUCUGGUGAAUGGGCUGAGAGUGGCCCUCCCUCACUCCCCAUCUCCCCUUAUCUCUCUCAGUCUCUCCGGUCAGUACAUCAUCCUGCAGACACCAUUCGGCUUGCAGGUGCGCUGGGAUGGAAACCAUCACGCCCAGAUCACAGUUCCCAGUUCCUACUAUGACCAGAUGUGCGGUCUCUGCGGUGACUAUGAUGGGAACCCAGAGAAUGAUUUCACCAAACCAGAUGGUACUCUGGUGGGAAAUGUCAAUGACUUCGGGAACAGCUGGCAGACAGAGGAGGAUGAGGAUGACUCGUGUACCCCGGGAACCAAGCCUGACCCCGACUGUGACCCCAAACUUGAAGCUGAAGUGGUGAAACCAGACAAAUGUGGCAAAAUCAAAGACCCUGCCGGACCCUUCAGGGAGUGUAUCAGUGUGGUGAAUCCCACUCCAUUCUUCCAAAGCUGUGUGUAUGACAUGUGUCAGUUCAAUGGUCAGCAGCAUGUACUGUGUGACCAGCUUCAGGCCUACACUGAUGCCUGCCAGAGCGCCGGAGCCAAGGUUCACCCGUGGAGGACUCCAGAAUUCUGUCCCCUGGCCUGUCCUCCCAACAGCUCCUACUCUCUGUGUGCCAGUUCGUGUCCAGAGACAUGUCUUGGUGUGGUCGGACCGCCUGGCUGCGAGGACGUAUGUGUGGAGGGUUGUGAGUGUAACCCGGGUUUCGUCCUCAGCAAUGACAAGUGUGUGCCACUGAGGGACUGUGGCUGUGUGGACACCAGUGGAAACUAUCACCCUGUGGAUGAUAACUGGUACUUGGAGGGCUGUGAGCAGAAGUGUGUGUGUCACAGUGGAGGUGUGAUCCAGUGUCACAACAGCAGCUGUAAACCAACCACUGAGAGCUGCCAGCUGCAAGAUGGAGAAUAUGAAUGUCGCCCGCUGGGAAGUGGUAUCUGCUCAGUAUCUGGUGAUCCCCACUACACCACAUUUGACAAACACACCCACCAUUAUAUGGGAGCCUGCUCCUACACCCUGAGCAAACCCUGCAAUGUCUCCUCCGGCGUGCCGUACUUCACUGUUGACACCCAGAAUGAGCACAGAGGAAGCAAUAAGAAGGUUUCCUACGUGAGGGCUGUGGUGAUCAAUGUGAAUGGUGUGACUGUCAUCCUCGGCAAGGGCCGCACAGUCCAGGUCAAUGGAACAGUGGUCGUUCCACCUGUGACUUCCAUCAGUGGAGUUAAAAUCUACUUGAGCGGCAAGUUUGUCGUCCUGGAGACAUCCUUCGGCCUGAGGGUGCGCUUCGAUGGUAACCAUCAUGCUGACGUCACCCUGCCAACCUCCUACAAUGGCUUACUCUGUGGCAUGUGUGGCAAUUUCAAUGGAAACUCCAAAGACGACAACUUGAAACCAGACAAUACACCAGCUGCGAACACCAAUGAACUGGGAGACAGCUGGCAAGUUCCUGACCCACGGCCUGACUGCACCAACGGUGGAGGACAGGAAGACUGUGAUGAAAAGGUGGAGGAGGAGGCAAAGAAGCCCACCAGCUGCGGCAUGAUCACCGAUCCUAAUGGUAUCUUUAAGCCCUGCCACUCCAUUGUGCCCCCCGAGCCAUACUUUGGAAACUGUGUGUACGACAUGUGUGCCACUGGAGGUCAGACAGUGGCUCUGUGCCAGGCCAUAGAGAGUUACGCUGACAUGUGUGCUGCUGCAGGAGUCCCCAUUGCAUGGAGAAAUAACACCUUCUGUCCUCUGAAGUGCCCUCCAGGCAGUCAUUACAACCCAUGCGGCCCUGCCUGCUCCCAGCCCAGCUGUCAGGACCCCGCGGGCCCCGGUGGCUCCUGCAACCAGCCCUGUGUGGAGGGAUGUGUCUGUAACCCUGGCCUCAUCCUCAGUGGAGAUAAAUGUGUCCCACUCAGCGAGUGUGGGUGUACUGAUGAAGAUGGACACUACAGACCUGCGGGAGACAGUUGGUUCACAGAGACAGACUGCUCAGAGCGCUGCAGGUGUAACGGUAACCACAACAUCACCUGUGAGCCUUGGCAGUGCAGCCCUGCACAGGAGUGUAAGGUUGUAGAUGGAGUAUUGGACUGCCACUCUACAGGUAAAGGAGUGUGCCACGUGGCUGGAGAUCCUCACUACUACACCUUCGAUGGAGUGAUGCACACAUUCAUGGGCACCUGCACUUACACUCUGGUGGAGGUGUGUAAUGCCACUAAGGUAACUCCCUUCAGGAUAGUGGCUAAAAACGAAGAGCGCGGUCAACCAGAUGCCUCCUAUGUCCGCUCUGUCAAAGUCUACCUGCCCCAUGACAACAUGGUUGAACUGCAGAAGAGUCGCAGAGUUCUGCUGAAUGGACGGAGGGUGCGAACCCCAGUUUCCAUCGACACGUCUGGAGCCAAGGUGAUAACCAGUGGAUCCUACAGUCUGCUGGACACAAGCUUUGGUCUGCAGGUGAAGUUUGACGGAGUCCAUCACCUGGAGAUCACUGUUCCUGGAGAAUACUUCAACAAGCUGUGUGGCAUGUGUGGGAACUACAACCACAACUCCUCCGAUGACAACCUGAUGCCCAACAAGAAACCAGCCAAGGAUGUGAUUGAACUGGGCAACAGCUGGAAAUCAGAAGGAGACAGUGAUCCUGACUGUCAGCCAGACACUCGCCCAGACAUCCACCCCAACUGCACUGCAGAAGAAGAGAAGCUGUAUGAGGCUCAGUGCGCCGAAGUCAUCCUCUCCGACCGCUUCAAGCCCUGCCACUCUCUGGUGCCCCCCGAGGCCUUCCUGGGUAACUGCAUCUAUGACAUGUGUGAGUAUGACGGCAUGCAGGCGACACUCUGUGACAACGUGGAGGCGUACGCUCAGGCCUGUCAGAGCGCCGGAGUCACCAUCAGCUGGAGGAACAACACCUUCUGUCCCAUUCCUUGCCCUCCAAACAGCCACUACUCAGACUGCACUGCCCCCUGCCCCCCCACCUGCUCCGACCUCUUCCCCAUCUUCUGCCACCUCCCUCCCACCACCUGUGUGGAGGGCUGUCAGUGUGACGCCGGCUACGUCCUCAGUGACAGCAAAUGUGUGCCUCUGGAUAAAUGUGGCUGUCUGGACUCAGAUGGAGAAUACCAUGAUGUGGGAGACACAUGGCUGACAGAUAAGUGUGCUGACUCGUGUACCUGUAAUCUCGGUGGCAAAAUCACAUGUAAGGACCAUACCUGUAAUUCCAACUCAGUGUGUGCCCUGGACAAAUAUGGAGACCUCUUCUGCAAACCCACCAAGUUCGACAAGUGCAGCAUCUCUGGGGAUCCUCACUACCGAACAUUUGACGGUUUCAGCCAUCACUUCCAGGGUCCAUACACCUACAUCCUAGCUCAGGGCCACAACCUGCACAACUCCCUGUCACCCCUGGUGGUGAGAGGGAAGAACAUCAGACGUGGGGGAAACAGAAGGGUGUCGUUCUUGGAUCAGAUGUACAUCGACGUUUACGGCGUCAAUGUUCGCUUCCUUCAGAAGAAGAUUGUCCUGGUGAAUGGGGAGCGUGUUGCACCUCCUCUCAGUCCAGUUGAUGGGUUGACGAUCACGAUGAACUCCAGGCAGGUCCAGCUCACUACUGACUUUGGACUCACUGUGCGCUUUGAUGGCAACAUGCGUGGAGAGAUCAUCCUGCCCAGCACCUAUAAGAACUCUGUCAGAGGGCUGUGUGGAAACUACGAUGGCUUUACUAGAAAUGAGUACAUGAAGCCAGAUGGAACAGUGGUGCGGGACUUGGACACGUUCGGAGAAAGCUGGAGGGUCAGUGACCGACAGGCUGAUGGACUGAAGAUCUCCAACCUUCCUCACACGGUCCACAGGCGAGAGGUGGACACUGAUCCAGAUUCAGGAUUUGAGACAUCCGACUGCUCUCAGUCUCAGCUCAAUGACUACAACAGUGUGACUCAGUGUGGAGCACUGUCUGACUCCAAGGGGCCGUUUGCUGUCUGCCAUGCAACCCUGCCACCUAAAUCCUAUCACGAUGACUGUGUGUUUGACCUGUGCGCUGAGGAUGGCAGCACAGCGCUGCGUUGUGCCAGUUAUGAAGCAUAUGCUGCAGCCUGUCAGGAGGCCGGAGUCAAACUGGGAUCAUGGAGGAAGCAGCUGGGCUGUGUCCUCUCCUGUGGUGCCAACAGCACCUACUCCCCCUGUAUGUCACCUUGCCCCGCCUCCUGCGCCGACUUGGCAGCACCCUCCGAGUGUGACACCACUUCCUGCCAGGAGGGGUGCCAGUGUGCAGCCGGCUUCGUCAUGAGUGAGGGGAACUGUGUGCCAUACACACAGUGCGGCUGCACCUUCCUCAACAGAUACUACACUCUGAAGGAGAAGUUUGUGACUGAGGAUUGUUCUGAGGCUUGUGAAUGCACCAGCACUGGUGCCGUGUGCCAGCCCAAGACCUGCCAGGCUGGUCAGGUCUGCACCAUCUAUAACUUCAAACGGGAUUGCUACAGAGCGAGUCCCUGCCUCAGUUACCCUUGUCUGAAUGGAGGAACAUGUAAGGAAGCCAGCAACAACACAUAUACCUGUCAGUGUGCAGAGGGCUUUGAAGGCACAAACUGCGAAGUGGAGAUAACAGAAAGCGGAGGACUGGAAACCAAGUGGAUCAUCCUGAUAGCCGUCCUGGUGGCAGUCGUCGUCAUCAUACUUGUGGCCACCAUUGCGUGUGUUUGCAAACAAAAAUCCAAGUCACACGUUUAUGUAAUUCAGAAGCAGCAGUCGUCUCACACUGGGAAAAAGAAGAGCGAGGAGAAGAAGUUCAGCAUGAAAUCAACAGGUGUUCCAUAUAAAAACAUAGAUGACCUACAGAAUGAUAAAGUGACUACUAUGUGAUGACAUACUGUGUAGCCUCUUUCUGUGAAUGUAACAAAACACCUGCUCUAUGAGGCAAACAUGAAUGAUGUGUAUUCAAGUGAAGUGUAUUCAACAGGCCUCAAAGAAAGAAUAAAACUGUAAGAAAGGAAGGAAGUCUUGUGAGAGUUGUGAAUAUUAUAUAAUGUUUGUUCAUAUGCCCAUGUUUUGCUUUCUUAACUUAUGCUUUUGGA